AUGGACGAAGACCUCAUCGCUCUCUGCUUCAUGGUCGGCCUCCUAAUCGUCUUCCCCCUCUCCAUCCUCACCCUCGUCCUCGGCAGCGUAGCCUACUCGCGCACCAAAGCCUGGGAUCGCGAGCGCAACCAGAAAUCCACCGCCCAGGAGUCACUCCUCAACAAGGACGAUGACGACAGCGAGUUCUACGACACCGAUGACGAAGCCGAAGCCGACGAGCGCAAGGCCGAGGAGGCGCGCGACGCGAUGUUAACCUUUGGGCAGAAGUGGCGCAAGGAGUUCGGCAAGGCGUGGAAGGGCAAGGGGAUGGCGCAGAUGCUGAAGGAGAAGGAGCGUGAGGAGCGGAGGAAGCUGGCGAAGGCUGUGGCGAAGGAGCUUGAUAGGAGGGAGAGGAGGGCUGCGAGGAAGGCGGAGAAAAAGGAGGGGUUGCCGCCUUAUCAGAAGUAG